AUGGAAAAGGAACAAACAAGUAAAGGAGUCGAGAGGCCCGGGGAGACUGAUGAGAUCGAGUCAGCCAUGAAGGAGUUAGUUGUGGAGGCCCCCCGACAGAAGGAAGAGGGUAGAGUCAUCGAGGAAGAUAGGCGAGAGAAAUGCCUUCAGAAAAAGAAGAGAUUGAAAGACAUUCACAUCUCGGUGGACAUCCUAAAAGCGAAGGAGGAAAACGAACAGGAAAUAAAACAAGGUGAUGCAAUGAAUAAAGGGAAAGGAGAUGACGUGAGAGGUACAGAAAAGAGUACGCCGGUGACAAGAUGUAUGCCGCUCCCCAUGGCCCACAGAAUUAAGAAUAUCAGGAUUGCCAGGGGAAGGAACCUUGUCACAUCUGAUGUCGACUCGGAGGAAGAGAAGUUACUUCCUGGAACGAACAUCGAAUUGCAGAAGAAGGAUUUAAUAGAUGUGAGGGAGGGUUUGAGGGCGGAUGACCAGCAGGAUUUCAUCAUCCCAUGCAAGGAGAGAAAAAAAGCCACGAGGAAGGCAAACAAGGAGAAGACCAUGGAAUCUCAGAAGGAGGUAAGCAAGCAAUGGAACGACUGGAACCCUACAGAGAUAUGGAAGCAGCUCCCGAGCGAACAGGAGCUCACAGGGGCAGGCGUCCAGGUGGAAAGAGUGAAAGUCACUCAUGCUGGCAAGGCCGUUCUGGUCAAAACCAAGUUGUCUAACCAGGCCAUGAAACUCAUAAAGUGGAAGACUAUAGGAGAGAAAGGUCUAGUAGCUAGGUCAAAUUGGAUUGCCAAAAUUAAGGUGACGGAGUCCAAUAGGAGAGCCAACCGAUCCGAAAGGAACAGCAGGAAUUUGUGCCAAUCUUGUUGGUGGAUAGUGCGAGAGGAAAAUAAUGGCAGGUACCAGAACCCAAUCAAUACUACUUUAGGACUUAUUGUCAUUAGUCUACAAGAAGCAACAAUAAAAUCGAGAGCGGAAGUAGAGAAAGAUACCUAUCUUGAAGCAAGAUCGAUAGAAGAUUCAGGAUUACUCCUCAUUUGGAUUACUUUAGAAGUAUGGUAA